AUGAGUAUUAACAGUCAACAUCGUGUCGGACAUCUGAGAAUCACCUGCAGAGCUCAGCAGCUGCUGUCACUACUUACCAUCACCAGCAAAGACUUCAGCAGAGUCAUGCUGUGUUUUUUAUUACAAACUGACUGUGCUGUACAUGUGCUGGUGUCUUCUUUCACCAAUGAUGUCUCUGACGAUAACCACCUGGGCACACUUACCUGCCAGCACAAAACACCUCUCAGCCCUUUACAAGCUCUUCCAAAGCCUCCUGAGGGUCCACAGGGACCUUCAAAGAUCCUCAGGAGCAGAAAAAAAAAAAAAAAGUUCACUCCCUCUCUGGAUGAUGUCACUCGGGCAAUAUGCCAAAGCUUCUGUGGACUAAAAACUGCAUGCAAGGGGUCGGUGACAUAUAAAAAUAUGCAAACCCUAAGUGUUUAA